AUGGCGACGGCUGCGAGUGACUUUGAGCCAUGGCUAAGUGAAAAAUUAAAAUCGUUGAAAACUGACGAAGGAGUUUUCGGAUCAUACAUAUCAGGUAUUUUAGAAAGCGAAGACAGUGUGGAUGAAAAGAAAGAUGCUUUAGAAGGCAUACUAUCUGAGAUAGUGGAAAAAGACAUUUCAACACACAUAGACGAGAUAAUCGAAAAGUGGGAGUCAUGUCGACCAAAGGAAGAACUCCCCAAACCUGUGACAGACGUAGAUGUGAGACUAGCCCAGUUGUUAGAAUCUCAAGCUCCAUCCACAACGACACGACGAGAGUAUACAGAUGAAGAAAAAAAAAUUCGGGAAGCUAUAUUGUCACAAUAUAGCCAACUUUCUGACAAUGAGGAAGAUGUUGCAAAUGAUGAAGAAGCUGCUAGUCCUGACUUAGUAAAGAAUACAAAUGCAGCAGAUGUGCAUGCUGCAGCUCGUGAACGUCGUGAACAGGCUCGGCUUGAUGCCCAGAAAAAGAAAGAAAAAGAUAAGGAAGACAGAGAAAAACAAAAACAACUAAAGGAGGAGAAAAAAGAAAAGCGCAAGACACAAAAAGGUGAAAGGAAAAGGUAG